AACAGCAAGCGUGUGUGUGCGUGCGUGCUUGUGUGUGUGUGAGUGUCUGAGUGAGUGAGAGAGUGAGUGAGUGAGAGAAAGCGAGCAAAGAGAGCGUGAGAGUGUGUGCCUGUGGGUCAGAGUGUGAAGAUGUUACCGUUAUCCAUCAAAGACGACGAGUACAAACCGGCCAAGUUUAACCUGCUGCUCAAAUUGUCGGGAUGGUUCAGGUCGAUUCUCGCCGAUAAAACGUCCAGAAAUCUGUUUUUCUUCCUCUGUCUGAACCUCUCCUUCGCCUUUGUGGAGCUGACCUAUGGGCUAUGGAGUAACAGUUUAGGUCUGAUCUCAGACUCCUUCCACAUGUUCUUUGACUGCACUGCCCUGCUGGCGGGUCUGGCAGCCUCGGUCAUUUCCAGGUGGAGGUCUAACGACAGCUUCUCGUACGGUUACGUGAGAGCAGAGGUUCUGGCUGGAUUCGUCAACGGCCUCUUCCUCAUCUUCACUGCUUUCUUCAUCUUCUCCGAAGGAGUGGAGAGAGCUCUGGAGCCUCCGGAUGUUCACCACGAGCGGCUACUGCCCGUCUCCGUUGCAGGCCUGCUGGUCAAUCUGGUCGGGAUCUUUGUGUUUCAGCAUGGAGGACAUGGUCACUCGCAUGGGGACGGAGGUCACGGCCACAGUCACUCGCUGUUUAACGGGAGCCUGAGCCACGGUCACAGUCACGGCGGACACGAGCACCAGGCCAAGCACGGUCACGGAGGACACGGACACAGUCACGAUGGACAUGGGGGACAUGGACACGGUCACGGGCACGGAGAUCAUGGACAUGGAGGACACGGACACAGCCACAGCAGCCACGAGGAGCCACACUGUCACGAUGAGCUGCAUACACCGGGAAAAGGCUCCAGCAAGCAAAUCCUGCAAGGCGUCCUGCUACACAUCAUCGCGGACACGCUGGGGAGCAUCGGCGUCAUCAUCUCCGCCCUGCUGAUGCAGAAAUACGAGCUGAUGAUCGCCGACCCGAUCUGCUCCAUGCUGAUCGCCAUCCUCAUCGGAGUCAGCGUGGUGCCCUUACUGAAGGAGUCCAUUGGGAUCCUGAUGCAGAGAACGCCUCCUUCCCUGGACGCCUCUCUGCCUGCGUGCUACCAGAGGGUGCAGCAGCUGCAGGGCGUCUACAACCUGCAGGAGCCUCACUUCUGGACGCUGUGCACCGACGUCUACAUCGGCACGCUAAAGCUGCUCGUCGCUCCAGACGCAGACACCCGCUGGAUCCAGAGCCAGACGCACAACAUAUUCACACAGGCGGGGGUCCGACAGUUGUAUGUCCAGAUCGACGUAGCCGCCAUGUAGAAGCGCAGCUCGCUCCUCCACACCUGGGACCAAUCACAUUCAGUCUGCAGCUGACCCCGCCCCCUCCGAGCUGCUGCAGGACAGACUGAGACAAGAGGGGGAGGGGCCAAAGAACUGAUGGACUCACAAGCACCACCUCCAUGUUUGUUUGUUUUUUGUUUUGUUUUUUGUUUUUGUUUGCCUGUUCAUGUUGGUGGGUGGUAGCCGCCGCCCCUCCCCCUUCCUGCACUUUGUAGACUGGUGUAUUCUGGGUAAGUGCCUUCAUCAUUGAUCAGAGACAAUCUGAGCCCCUCCUACUACCGGUGGCAUCACUGCUGGGGGCCUGCUGAUUGGUCCAGAGAGCGUGGUGUCACUUUGUUUUUAAUGUGCCAAAACAAUGUGACCAGAAAAAGGGGUCCACUCUCUUUAUUUAUUUUUUUUUUUUAAAGCCGCAUUAAUCAUUUCUGUUAUUGAUCAUUUCCAUUUUCAUGGACCACAACACAGCUGUUGUGGAUUGGAGGACAAAAAAAAGUUGCAUCAUAACUCAUCUUUAUGUUUUUUUUCUGUUUUGAAGUCAGUUUAUUUUUUAAGGUUUUUUUAUGAGCUGUACUGUUCUUUAAAGGUGAUUUCACAUGGAAGCAUCCCGUCUACAAACUGCAUUAAAGCCUGAGCUGACUUCAACUGGA